AUGGGAGAUUCUGAACAACAAGAAAUACAAGUAAACAAUGAAAUGACAGAAUCUCAACAACCAGAAAAACAACCAGCCAAUGAAACGACAGACUCUCAACAACAAGAAAUACAAUUAACAAAAGAAAAGACAGAAUCUCAACAACCAGAAACACAUCUAAACAUUGAAAUGACAGAAUCUCAAGAAACUUCAAAAAGAAAGAAAAAAGAUUGUUGUUACUACACAAAAAAAGAGGGUGGUAAAAUUAUCUUGCAGUUUUUUUCAGGUUUAAUUUCAUUAAAAUCGGCUAUUUCCCUUGCUUGUCAAUUCCAAUUAUUAUUCUUUAUAAAUGUAAUACUUAUUGGAAUAUUUAUUCUUUUCAUUAUUUCUACUGGUCAUUUAGUGUGUACUUCAACAGUUUCUAUUGGUUAUAAAUUGGUUUAUGGUUAUGUGAUGGUAUAUGGAUCAUUGUUUUUACUAACAUUCAUUUAUUAUUUCAUAUUAUUUUCAAUUGAAUAUCUAAGCCGAUCAUAUAGGUAUUUGUUUGGAGAUAAAAAAUCAAAUGACAAAGGAAAAAAAAUAUGUUGUAAUAAAUGUAAAAAAAUAUAUUGCCCUAAAAAUUGUAAAGAGAUUCUUGAUAAAUGUAAAAAAAUAUGUUGCCCUAAAAACUGUAAAAGGAUUCUUGAAUGUAUUGUUCAUCACAUUGGGAUUAUUGUUCUAGUUGUUGGUGUGAUUGUUGGUUUCGGUGUUGGACGUAGGAUAACGAAAAAACAUGGAGAACCAAGUGUAUUAACUUAUAUGGGAUAUUGGUAUUUAUUGUUAGGAUUAAUAUGUAUUGGAGGAAUAUUUAUUAUUAUUUCAAUAAUUGACUAUGUAUGUAAAUUGUACUACAACACUAAUGGUUGCUCAAGUAAAUCAAAAGAUAUUUGUAUAGAUAUUUGUAUUAAAGCAAUAUUUUAUGUAUUACCAAACUCGUUAAUAAAUAGAUUUAUAGACUAUUGUAUUUCAUUUUUCUGUAAAAAAAGACAUGAAGAAUGUAGGCUAGGAGUUCAAUUCGGUGAAUUACUUUCUCUCAAACUAGUGUUGUUUAUAUUAUUUUUGGUGUGUUUAAUUUUUGCUACUGUACAUUCACAUAAGAAUGAUGGAAAUAUUGGAUGGUAUUGGCUAAUAUUUAUUUUUUCAUUUAUAUCUGGAUUUAUUCCAUCAAUUCGAGAAUUAAGUAAAAAACCAAAGGAUGAUGAAGAUGAGUAUUAUGAUGGUACAAUUACGUACAGUGAUACAGAAAGUAUAGAAAUAGAAAAUGAUGAAGAAAGAGAAAAUCCAAAAAAAGAAAGUAAUGAAGAAACAGAAGAUAAUUGGCACAAUGUACUAAAAGAUUCAUGUGGAUUUAAUUUUAGAAGAAGUUCAAUUCCUUUGCAGACACUAUCGGUUUUACUUAUUGUUGCAAUAAUAGUUGGUUUAAUAGUUUAUAAAAUUAAAUCAAAAAAGAGUAGUUCAUCUCCAAAGAAAAGUAUGUUUGAAGAAGAAAAUGAAUAUAUUUCAUUCAGAGCAAGAAUGAAAGAAAUAUAUGAAGGAAUUUCAUAUGAUGAUGAAAUGAAUGAAGAGAUGUAUUAUCGAACAGAAAAUAAAGUGUAUGAACAUUCUCAUUUAUGUGAAACUGAUUCAUAUGGUAUUACACCUUUUGAUUAUGCAUGUUUAAGUAAUUUAGCAUAUGCAGACAAUGUAAAUGACGCCAAUUAUGCAAACAUAAAGAAAUAUCUUGACGGUAUUGGAUGGAAGACAAUUACAUUUUAUGAAAAGAAAAAAGAUGACAAUAAAGAAGGUCCUGUCUUACAUUACCUUAUUGCGAAUAAAACGAAUACAGAUAUUACUGUUUUUGGAUUUAGAGGAUCAAAUAAAUUCUCUGACUGGGUUUAUGAUUUUAAAUUAUUUACAGAAUCUGCAUUGCCAUCUUUGUCAGUUUCAAUAUUUCCAGUAUUUACAAAUCAAGCUCUUUUAAAAAUAAGUUAUAUUCUAUCGUUUUUCGGUUCAAAGGCAUUUCCAAAAAGUGAUUAUGAUUUACUUGAUAUUGCAAAAACAGUAGUAGAAAGUGAAAUGAAAAAUGCACCAAAUAAACAAUAUAUUGUUACUGGACAUUCUCUUGGAGGAGGACUUGCAAAUAUUGUUGGAAGUGAAUUGGGAAUAGUAAGUUUUGGAAUAUCACCUCCUGGAACUUAUUUAGGAGCAAAAGCACAAAAAUUGAAGAAAAAGGAUAUAAGAUUAUUUGCACGUGCUGUAAUUCCUGAUAGAGACAUUGUUGCUUCAUUAGGUGUUGAGGGUGGGUUACAAAUGUCAAUUCCUUGUUAUGAACAUGCAUUUGGUUGUCAUAGUAUUGAUAAUUCAGUAUGUAUGAUUGGUUCAUUAUGCCAUUAUAAUGAAAAUGAAAAUAUAAAAAAUAUAUGUUCUAUGAAAUGGGAUGAUUGGAAAUUAGGUUUUGAUGCUAAAGUCAAUUGA